CAGCCGGUUUGAUCAGCCUGCAGCUUUCUCCCUGCACACAGACAGCGGGGGCUUGUCGGCGCGGCUGAACAAUACCCCAGCACUUGCCGGAGCCACGGGAGAAGCCCGUCUUUCCAGACAGCAGCAUUGCCGGCUCCAGGAGGUCGCUCUGGUUUUACGAGACAGUUUGUGCUUCUGGGCCCUCGGACCUGAUUCCCCACCCGGCUCACGUGGUGUCAAAAACGAGACACUGAGGUAGGAAGCCAGAGGCUGGAUGCUUCCUGCCAGGGGCAUGAAUGAGACAGAAAGGCCUGGGGUCUGGGCUCAUCCCCUGCUGGGAUAAGGACACCCCUGGGGAGCAGCCAUGGCUGCAGGGCCGGGGGCAGAGGGGGCCCUGGACCUGCAGUUUCAGAUCCAGGUGGAGCAGUCGGUGUGCCGCGCUGGGCUGACGGAGCAGCAGGUCUCAGCUGGGCCCGAGCCAGAUGCGGGAUUGGAGCGGUCGGGCGGGCUGCCUAUUGUGGUGCAGUCCGGCACCAUUGGGGAGCUGCUGAGAUGGGUGGCGCCACAGCAGGCCCAGUAUGCGUCGCAGAAGGAGAUGCUGCAGCACUGGGAGGACGUCUGGCAGGAGGUGCUGCAGGCCCUGUGCAUCCUCCCGGAGGUGGGGCCGGCUCCGGUCUGCGCCCUCAGGCCUGGAGAACCAGAGCCUCCUCCCGGAGUUGUGCCAGCACCGACUUGUGCACGUAGGUGUGAAAACCCCACCUCCCAGGGGGGCAGUGAGUCACCCAGGGGUCUGGAGCAGGCUGGGAUCGAGCUGCUGGAGGAGACGGCACCGUGUCGAGAGGAGCAGCUGUCAGCCACGCAGACCCCUGCCGAGGUUAAGCCAACUCCAGCACCUGCAUGGAGAACCCUGGAGCUGCCACAGCUGGCCCCAGAGGACGAUAUCGAGGUCUAUCUGGCCAUCUUUGAGCAGGUGGCUGAUGCCUGCCAGUGGCCGAGAGGGGAAUGGACAACCCGACUGGAGCUGUACCUCACCGGGAAAGCCCAGUUGGCCUAUGGCAGCCUAGACAUCACAGAGACAAGUGACUAUGGGAAGGUGAAGGCCACCAUCCUGCGUCGCUAUGGCAUCAGCCCAGAGACACAGCGCAGGCGCUUCAGGGAAUUCUGCUACCAGGAGGCCGAGGGGCCCCGGGAAGCUUACAGCCGCCUCCGGGAGCUCUGCCAUCGCUGGCUGGAGCCACAGAACCGCACCAAGGAGCAGAUCCUGGAGCUGCUGAUCCUGGAGCAGUUCCUGACCAUCCUGCCGGAGGAAAUGCAGGACUGGGUCUGGGAACGUGGCCCAGAGAACUGCGCCCAGGCGGUGGCCCUGGCAGAGGGGUUCCAGGUGGGGCAGCCAGAGGCCCAGUGGCCGGGGCUACAGAUGCCGGUGCAGUUCAAGGACGUGGCUGUGACUCUGACUGAGGCAGAGUGGUUGCUGUUGGAUGAGGAGCAGAGGCAGCUGUAUGGGACUGUCAUGCAGGAGAAUUACCGGAGCAUUAGCUCACUGGGUUGUCCGGUUCGCAAACCCGCCCUGAUCUCUCAGCUGGAGCGAGGGGAGGAGCCGUGCAUCCCAGAUCCCCCAGCCCCUGAGGAGCAGGAGACCCAGAGGGAUGUCCCAACAGACACUGAGGAGCUGUCUGUGCUGCACCGCGGGGAGGCAGAGGCACCUGUCAAAGCACCUCCAAUGCCCAAGGCCUCACCAAGUCGACCCAAGAGGAAAGCGGCCCAGAGCCCAGGCCGGAAGAGAAAGAAACCCUCUCUGGAUGGAGAAGAGCCAGCAGCCCCCUCUGAGGGUGGGAAACAGCAGCUCCCCACCUGUCCCAUGUACAUGCAACAGCCGCUUCCUUCUGUGCGCAUGCAAAAGCCUUUCCUUCCUGUACGCAGGAAACAGCCACGGCCUGUUGUGCACAGGGAACAUCCUGUCCCUUCUGUGUGCCGGGAACAGCCGCCCCCUCCCCUGCACAGGGAACAGCCGCCCUCCACUCCUGGCAGAGAACAGCCGUCCCCCACUCCUGGCAGGGAACAGCCGCCCCCUCCCCUGCGCAGGGAACAGCCGCCCCCUCCCCUGCACAGGGAACAGCCGCCCCCUCCCCUGCGCAGGGAACAGCCGCCCCCUCCCCUGCGCAGGGAACAGCCGCCCCAUCCCCUGAGUAGGGAACAGCCGUCCCCUCCUGUGUGCCAGGAACAGCCGCCCCCUACUCCUGACAGGGAACAGCUGCCCCCUCCCCUGAGCAGGGAACAGCCGUCCCCUCCUGUGUGCUGGGAGCAGCCGCCCCCUCCCCUGAGGAGAGAACAGCCGUCCCCUCAUGUGUGCUGGGAACGGCCGCCCUCACCCUUGCGCAGGGACCAGCCGCCCUCCACUCCUGGCAAGGAACAUCCACCCCCUCCUAUGCACAAGGAACAGCCACUCUCUCCUCUGUGCAUGGAACAGCUGCUUCCCGCCCUGCCCAGGACACAGCCACACCCCACUCUCCGCCAGGCACAGCAGCCCCCUCUGUCGUCGCCCGUCAAUUCCUGCUGCAAGAACCUGAUCAUGGGAGGCUCCCCCACUAGCAAUAGCCUGCCCCAGUCUAAGAGGUGCAACCAGUGCCCUGAGUGUGGCCGGGGCUUCAGACAGAGCUCAGACCUGCAGCGGCACCGGCGCAUCCACACGGGAGAGAAGCCUUUCCACUGCCCUGUGUGCGAGAAGAGCUUCCGGCUGCAGUCCAACGUGAUUGUGCACCACCGUACGCACACUGGGGAGCGGCCCUACCAGUGCGGGGAGUGCGGCCGCGCCUUCUCGCAGAGUUCCACCCUCCGGACCCACAGUAAGAUCCACUUGGGCCAGAAACCCUAUGUUUGCUCUGUGUGCGGCAAGAGCUUCCACCACAACUCAAAUCUUGUCCUCCACCAACGCACCCACACAGGCGAGCGGCCCUACGAGUGCAGCGUCUGCGCCAAGCGCUUCAGUGACCGCUCCACUCUGGCUCAGCACCGACGCGUCCACACGGGUGAGCGCCCCUACACCUGCUCCGAGUGUGGCAAGUGCUUCAGCCAGGCCUCACACUUGGUCAAACACCGACGCACCCACGCAGUCCCCUGCACUGUGCUGGCCAGGGACACAGCUGUCCCCCAAAACAGGCCUGGCACAGGAGAGAAGAGAGACACUCCUAGGCACAGACCAGACAGUGGGGUGGAAAGAGCCACCCCCAGAGACAGGCCAGCCGAGGACAGAGCUCCUCCCAGACAUGGGCCGGGAAUGGGGGAUGAGAGAGCCACUCCCCAAAAUGGCCCUGGCACAAGAGAGGAGAGAGACACCCCCAGACAUGGGCUGGGCACAGGGGAGGAAAGACAGCAUGGAAAGAUGUGCUAUCUCUGAAGACGUUUUGGCAGGGAGAAGGAGAGAGAGGCAUAAAAAGACACAUCAGCCACAAGGAAGGACGCAGCUACCACCAAUCACACACCGGGCAUAGGUACGGAGAAAGCAGCAACAAAAACCACGUUGGCUGCAGGGAAGGAAAGGUUGACCCCCAAACCUGGGGCUGAUGAGAGGAGAGCUGCCCCUCAAAAUGGCCCGGGCAUGGGGGAGGACAGAGCCACCCCAGGCCAUGCCACAAAGAAUGCCAAACAAAAGAUGCACCAGCGGUGGAUGAGGAGAGAGCAGCCCUGAAAGAUGCACUGAGGGCAGCGAAGGACAAAGCAGCAACAAAAGAUGCAUCAGUAGAGGGGAAGGGAGAGUCACCCAGAAACUUGCUUCAGAGGGAGAGGAGAGAGAGGCCUCAAGAGACACAAUGGCCAUGGGGAAGGGGAGAGCCACCCCCAAACCCGCACUGGCCAUGGGGAAGGGGAGAGCUGCCUUGAAACGUGCUCCAGGGACACAAGGCCCAGACUUCAGGGGAGCCCUCUCAUGUCACUGCAUGGUAUGGACAGGGAUGACUCAUGGGGGGCAGAGACUGUGGGGAGCCCUGUCACUGAGCAGUAGGGUUGGGGCUGGCUCGUAGGAACAUGCAUUAAGCUGGGGGUUCACAGACUAGGUGUGAAACCCCAUCAAUGUGCAGGAGGGCAGUAAUGCCAAUGCCAUAGGGUCACACUUAGGCAGCAAUGGAGAAGCCGGCCUGGCGUGGGAUGCACUAACAGCUCGGAGAGGACGGGCAGCACGAAGGCACUUCUGGCACCGCAGAGAGGCCCUGCUGGACCCGGAGCUGGUGGAGCGAAUGGCUGGCACUUAACAUGCAACUACAGACAUCUCUGUGGGGAGAGCUAAAACCUGCUAAAAACAGAAAUAUGUUCAGGUUCUUGCCAGAAAUGGUCUGUUAUCAGGUGUUUGGUUUUCCAACAGAAAGUAGCUCUGUAGUGCAGUGAGUGGAUGUCCCCUCCCCAAGUCCCCCAGAGCACAAUUGUAGAGGUGUCCGGGAUGAGUGGGGGACGAUGUUACAGAGGUGGCAAAAGGGACUGUCACAGGGUCACUCACCACAUUGGCGCCUCCUGCUGGCCAUUCUGGGAAUUAGCUCAGUCCCAGCAGGUGCACCCUCGGGUGGUGGUGGGUCUCCCGUCCUUGUCUCUGCUUGCAGGCCCGGUAUGGCUCCUUUCUGCUCGGCAUCUAUUUUGUGGCACAGCCCCCUGUCUGUGUCACCAUCCGGUUUCCCCCUCUUCUGGGGAACUCGUCCAACAAGAGACCAGCCACUCCUCCCAGUGGCUUGGCAGUCCACAGCUGGGCCACUCUUUCAGCAGCUAGUGGGGGGGGGGGGCAGGCCCGCCCACUACUCCGGGCCCCAGCUUCUUGCAGAUUAAGCCCUUUACUUCUUGUCCUGGCCUGAGUGUACAUGUGCAUGAGUUAAGGAAGGUUUACUGUUUUUUUCCAGCAUCAUUUAAUUCUUUCUGUAUAUAUUACAGGGCAUCAGUAAUUGCACCAGUUGGAGUGCAACAUGAUUUCAAUUAAAGCCGAAUAAAGAGAUAUUCCAGCUCAGCCAGAAGUUAUUGGUCUAGAUGCUGGAAUUGCUGGGGGAGAUUCUCCCAUGCAGGAGGCUGGGCUGGAUGGUCACAAUGGACCCUAACUUCUAAGAAUAAUCUAUAAAUUGUCUCCCCAACAUAAAUCAGGGCCAUGUCUUCUCUUAUGAAAGGCUGUCAGUCAGGACCCUGUCCUUCCUCCCCACCAGGAGCUGUCAGUCAGGGUUGCAUUCCCCUGCCUCCCUCCCAUGCCCAGACCAUGACCCCCACCCCACAAGAAGCUUUCAGGGCCACCCUGUGCUAUGCAGGUACUUUUUGCCCUACCCGGUGCCAUCUCUAGUGGGUGCGAAGGUGCUCAGUCCUGUCAAAGGCCCUGUCACAGUCCUGGCUGCGGUAGGGCAAUCCCUUGUGUGGACUUGCUGGUGCUCACUAAGGGUAUGUCUACACUAUGAAAUUAGGUCGAUUUUAUAGAAGUCGAUUUUUAGAAAUCGAUUUUAUACAGUCGAUUGUGUAUGUCCCCACUAAGCGCAUUAAGUCAGCGGAGUGCAUCCUCACUACCGUGGCUAGCAUCGACUCACGGAGCGAUGCACUGUGGGUAGCUAUCCCACAGUUCCCGCAGUCUCUGCUGCCCACUGGAAUUCUGGGUUAAGCUCCCAAUGCCUGAUGGGGCAAAAACAUUGUCACGGGUGGUUUUGGGUACAUAUCGUCAGUCUCUCCUCCCUCCCUCCCGCACUCUGUGAAAGCAACUGCAGCAUUUCACGCCUUUUUUCCUGAGUUACCUGUGCAGACGCCAUAGCAUGGCAAGCAUGGAGCCCGCUCAGCUCACCGCUCCUGUUGUGAGCAUUGUAAACACCUCAUGCAUUAUACUGCAGUAUGUGCAGAACCUGGCUAAGAGAUGGCAACACAAGGACGAUUGUGAGGAGGACAUGGACACAGACGUUCCUGAAAGCACGGGAUGUGGCAAUUGGGACAUCAUGGUGGCAGUGGGGCUGGCUGAUACAGUGGAAUGCCAAUUCUGGGCCCGGCAAACAAGCACAGAUUGGUGGGACUGCAUAGUGUUGCACAUAUGGGAUGAUUUCCAGUGGCUGCAAAACUUUCGCAUGCAUAAGGCCACUUUCCUGGAACUCUGUGAGUUGCUUUCCCCCACCCUGAAGCACAGGAAUACCAAGAUGAGAGCUGCCUUCACAGUUGAGAAGGGAGUGGUGAUAGCCCUGUGGAAGCUUGCAACGCCAGACAGCUACCGGUCAGUCGGGAAUCAAUUUGGAGUGGGCAAAUCUACUUUGGGGGCUGCUGUGAUUCAAGUAGCCAGUGCAAUCACUGAUGUUCUGCUAUCAAGGGUAGUGACUCUGGGAAAUGUGCAGGUCAUAGUGGAUGGCUUUGAUGCAAUGGGGUUCCCUAACUGUGGUGGGGCGAUAGACAGAACGUAUAUCCCCAUCUUGGCACCGGACCACCUUGACAACCGGUACAUAAACCACAAAGGGUACUUCUCAAUGGUGCUGCAAGAACUGGUGGAUCACAAGGGACGUUUCACUGACAUCAACGUGGGAUGGCCGGGAAAGGUGCAUGACGCUCACAUCUUUAGGAACUCCGGGCUGUUUGAGCAGCUGCAAGAAGGGACUUACUUCCCAGACCAGAAAAUUACUGUUGGGGAUGUUGAAAUGCCAAUAUUUAUCCUUGGGGACCCAGCCUACCCCUUUCUCCCAUGGUUCAUGAAGCCAUAAACAGGCAGCCUGGACAGUAGUAAGGAGCAGUUCAACUAUAGGCUGAGCAAGUGCAGAAUGGUGGUAGAAUGUGCCUUUGGACAUUUAAAAGCUCGCUGGCGCUGUUUGCUGACUAGGUUAGACCUCAGUGCAACCAAUAUUCCGAUUGUUAUUACUGCUUGUUGUGUGCUCCAUAAUAUCUGUGAGAGUAAGGGGGAGAUGUUUAUGGCGGGAUGGGAGGUUGAGACAAAUCACCUGGCUGCCAAUUUUGAACAGCCAGAUACCAGGGCAAUUAGAAGAGCACAGGUAGAUGUGCUGUGCAUCAGAGAGGCAUUGAAAACCAGUUUCAUGACUGGCCAGGCUACGGUGUGACAGUUGUGUGUGUUUCUCCUUGAUGAAAACCCACCCCCUUUGUUGAUUUUAAUUCCCUGUAAGCCAACCACCCUGCCCCCUUUGAUCAGAGCUGGCAAAGGAAAUAAAGUCAUUAUUGUUUUGAAACCAUG